GGACGUCAAGGUGUGAUCAUCAGAAGAAACGGGGUUGCCCUCGAUGAAGUAUAAAGAUUAUUUAGUGCUUGCAUAAAAUUACCGUACAGUUCGCGUGUAUAUAAAGCCGUUUAACGAUAUGGCGUCCUCGGAGUCACGGAAACGUAAACUGGAAGAGUACGAAAUGCAGCUGUUUGGCUUUCAUUCAAGAGCCGUGUACGCUACGAUGAAAAAUAUAGUAUUUGACAGGAUUCAUGGUAUUACUAAUAAUAUGUGCGACACGAUUGAGAAAACGUACAAACUGAACUCUGAAAAUGUGAAAAUACUUAAGUUGAAUCAAAAGAAAUUACAAAAGGCAUAUUGCAAAGGAGCAACAUCGCAUUUGAAAAGCAUCGAGAAUGUUGUAAACAAAUACAUUGCUGUGCCAAGUAAUGUCUUGUUAGAAGAAGAUAAACAUCAAAGGAUACAGUACAGUACUGUAGAAUUUGAAAAUAUGAAACAGAGUUUGGAAGCUUUACAACAAAGAGCAAAAAGUGCAACUAUUUUUAAUUCUGUAUUGAAAGAAGAAUUAGAAAUACUAGAGCAGCUUCCAAUAUCUGAAGACAGUGUAAAUGAAAAGUGCAAAACGAUCGAGAGUGGCCUUAAAUGUACAGAUCUAGAUAACAAAAUGGUACAAUUAGUGGAAAAUUACGAAAAAUUGCAUAACAGUAUAUUUGGUGCAAUAACAGUCACAGAAAAAGUAAAGUAUAAUGCAAUAGAUAACCUUAAGUGCAAAGAUUUAGACAUAAAUGAUUUAUAACUUUUUCGCAUUUUGAAUGCGAUGCUACGGUUCAAAGUAUAUCUUUGAACAGUAAUAAGUAAAUAUAUGAUGUAUAACAUUCUGUGAAUGUGAAUUGCUAUUCGUACAUGUUGUAUUUUUAUUAAGUAUUUUUUAUACAACAGAUAAGUAAAUUGAAUAUUAAAACUUGCAAUCGAACGUAAUAAAUGUUUCCGAUAAGCCUUCAUAAAAUUAUUUCCAUAGUUUUAAUGUGGACUGAAUGAUACUACGGUAUAUACAAUACAUAAUAUAAAAAUUACUUCACAAAAAUUC